CUGGCGGCCAACCACUCCUCGCUGCUCCGCUGCGCCUGCGACCACUUCGCCAACGUCACCGACGUCGACGGCCGAGGCGGACUCAGUCACAGUCAAGCGGAGAUAUGGACAAACUACUGUCUCCACCAGAGUUCAACGACGUGGAAUGGAACCUGGAGACGUUGUCAACCGAUCAUCGGAGGCAGCCUCUGCUCUCCCAGUUACUCCAGGCUGCUCGUCGCAUCACGCAGGCCGUAGUCUCCAGGAGUGACAUUGCCUACACAUACAACAGGCAUUUUUUUCGGAGUUACCAGUACUUGAACAAAACUGAACUCGAGGCUGAGAUACCGGUGUUCCUGGUGUAUCUCUCCAAUUACUGGCGAGACUCUGUCCAGCUGCUCUCGCUCGGUGUGACGCAUAUCUCACAACUGUUCGUUCCCAUGGCAUUUGAACACGUGGUUAACCAUACAAAUGAUCAUCGACGCGACAGAUGGAUUAAGGGUGUGGAACGAGUGAGAGACAUGCUGCACACGAAACUGAGCGGUUGGGUACUCGACAUGCAAUCCGUCAGCGAGCUGAUAGCGCAUGGCAAGGUGGAAGAAGCCAAGAACUGGCCUGGAAAGUAUAUACACAGGCAGCCGCUGUUGAAUGAUGGCCUGCUGUCCUACCACGAGCACUACCUCUCCUUCCGUGGCGACUUCAGUGCGCAGUGUGAGGAGCUGCAGCCAGAGGCAUACCAGGUGUUCGGCCUGGCCGACGCACUCUACUCCUUCUAUCACAGCUACUGGUUCAACAGACUGCGGUACUUCACUUCAAAGUUGACAGUUGUUAUCGACGUUAACGGUGGGGAGUGGCAGCUGGAGGACAAAAGCAACGCUACACUCUCCGUAGACACUGAUUGCGUGCAGCUGUUGGCGAACGCCCUGGACCACCGCACGUGUCCGCUGGAAGACCUGCCAGUGGAAGCCCUUAAGCAGCACGAGCAGUGCCGCGUGCAGCUGUGGGAUGACAUGGUGCAGAGGUCGCCCCACAUACCCGUCACCAGCUACCUGGCCUACACACAGAGGGUGGACGUCAACCUCUGCCUGCUGGCCUGGAUGGCGGUCAACUCCCUCGGCAUUUGUGACGUGUUUGGUCCAGAUCCUGUGUUCUGA